AUGAGGUUCCAAGUCUGCCUCGGUCUGCUGGUGCUGUCUGUCCUGGUGGUACAGUCCAGUGCCCUCCGCAUUCGCCCUAUUCCAUCAUCUAGUUGCCCUACACCGCCAACCGAUCCCUCCACCUACCGACGUGGCUGCGGGUAUCCCUACACCAACGGGGAGCGAUGCACCUACCGCUGCCGCCGUGGGUACACCGCAGUACCCAGUACCACUGUCAGGACCUGCACUAGAGGGGUCUGGAGUGGGACAACCCUGGUCUGUGUAAGACCAUGUCGUUCACCACCGUUCGUGCGCUAUACAUCCCGAAGCGGCUGUACAGCCCCCUACACCAACGGCGAGACAUGCACCUACAGGUGCCGCCCUGGUUACACCCAGGUCUCCGGCAAUACCGAGAAAACAUGUGUGAACGGGGUCUGGCAAGGAAACAACCUAGUCUGCAGGAGAGGAUGUGUGAAUCCACCAACAGUGCCCGGUACUAUCAGGUUCGGCUGCAGCCCGAUUUACACGACCGGUGAAAGCUGCUACUACAAGUGCGCCAACAGCAGGAACGCCUACUGCAAGGAGGUGUCCGGGGACUACAUCAGAAGGUGCCUGUCCAACGGGCACUGGUCGGGCAAUAACCUGGAGUGUGAUUGUGUCGACAAAGUUGGAUGUUGCCGCCCGGACAUCGUGUUCGUGCUGGACUACUCCGGCAGCAUCCCGGACUCGGAGUUCGUGAAGAUUAAGAACUUCGUCGCGGCGCUGGUCGAUCGGUUCCAGGUCGGUGUCCUGGACGCCCAGAUCGGCGUGAUCCGGUACAACCAUGCUGUCAUCCAUGAGUUCCACCUGAACACUCACGACAAUAAAGCAGACGUCCUGAGUGACGUAAGCGCCAUGCCUACAGCCACUACCGGCGGGACCAACACGGCAGCCGCGCUCACCUACGUCGCCAGCACCAUGCUGUUGCCAGGCAACGGCAACCGCCCUGACGCUCCCGAUGUCGUCAUCGUCCUGACUGACGGCUACUCGUCAGGUGUGGUCGGGCCAGCGUCGGUUCUGCACGGCAUGGGCGUCCAGACGUUCGCCAUCGGCGUCGGUGCGUGCGCCAACAGCGCCCAGCUGACCCAGAUCGCCAGCUGCCCUGACUACAUCUACAGGCUGCCCGACUUCAGCGCGCUGAGGAGCAUCACGGCAGGCAUGCACGACCAGAUCUGCUGCCACAACCAGACUGCCACCUGUCCGGAGAACUACGAACGCGUGGAGGUGGAUGGGACCGCAAAGUGCCUGCGGUUCUCUGCCAGAGAUGACCGUAAAAACUACCAGGCGGCCAGUCAGACCUGCCGGGCUGAGGGCGCCCGUCUGGUGGUCAUCAAGUCCGCCGCUCUCAACACGUUCAUCGUCAACCGCAUCCAAACCACCUACGCCGCCGAGACCUGGAUCGGGCUGGACGAUCUGACUGCUCCUGCUAACCAGUAUCGUUGGAGCGACGGAAGCGUGCUGGGCGGCGGUGACUUCAGCGACUGGUCUCCCGGGCAACCCGACACGAUCUACGGAGAGAAAUGUGUCGAGAUCCGCCCUCAGUUCAGCUACAACUGGAACAACCACCGUUGCAGCGAGCUCAAGAACUACAUCUGCGAGAAAGCACCUGGAUCGCCUCCGUGUUGCCCGAAGCCGCGGAUUCCCCUGUUCCCGGGUGACGUCGACCUUGCCACAGAUGUAGCCGAGAGCGCCAGACUGGCCCCUCCCAUCCAAUGCGACGCUCCGGCAGCUGAAGAAGAGGGAGAUGCUCUGUCUGCAGAAGAAGAGGCAGCAACAAGGGGCUAGACAACAAUGUGUUCCUUUUGUUUGAUAGCAUGCUAAUUUGUUUCACUUUAAAUGCUUAUGCAUAAAUAUGUUUACGUAAAAACAGGCAUUGAAGCAAAGGUGUGAAUUUGAGAAUUCAAUACAAGCUUGAACAUUAGAAAUUCCGUAUGUAUGUAGAACAUGAUACAUAGAUGCAUUUUGGCUUGAAUUGAUAGUGCAUAGACGGUUAACAGUUGUAAAAGAGUCUCUUAUGCAUUUUAAUGACAGAAAGGGUAGCAGUAUCUUGCUUUUAUUUGCUUACAUAGGUUCCUAAGCUUCAUUGUAAUUUUGUUUCGAUAAAUACCAGGCAGACAUUACUUAACUGUUAUUAUGAUACUGUAUGUAAUAGUAAAAAUAUACCUGAAACAAUAUUUUAGAUUUAAUAUGUAGGAAACUGUAUCGAUGUAGUUUUGCUGCACAUUACAUAUAAGGCAAAAUGUUUAUGUCUAUGUUAAUAGUGACUUAGAUGAUUUUCAUCGAAUUUAAUUCGUUUUAUCCUGCUUAGGGGUGGCUGAUUAUAAUAUUAUAUGAUUGUGAUAGUCUUCUUUAUGAUAUAGGAUUAACUUGAAACGUUGAAAGAGUACCAUAUUGCGAACGUCUUUAAUUGCACUUCUUAGGCGAAUAGCUGACACCAAACUCUUCAGUCUGUAGCUCGGUCGAUAUCAAGAGAGGUGAAAUAUGUGUGCAUGCGUUUUUCUUUCUAAUAAAGUGGUUUGCGGGACAUUGA